AUGUCUGAAUUAAGUUUUAAAUUUGUUCGUCAAAAAAAAUAUGAUGAAAAACAUAUGAUGGUUGUUGCGUUCGAACAAUGCUCUAUAAAAUGUAAUCUAGAAUGUGAGUGGAUUAGUGAAAAGGAAUGUACAAUUCUUAAUCAAGCAAAAUUAACAAAAACUGAUAUAUUCGUAUUUGACGAAUUUGCUGGUUCAGCUUUUGAAUAUCUUAAAGGAUCAAAGGCUCUAAUCAUUGGAACGCGUUGUCUUAUGCAAUGUCUCUCCCAGGACAAAGAACUCCCUCCUUGGACUAACCCUUUGUAUACUCUAGCGAUGACUGGACUCAUCGUAACUACUUCGGGUUUUACAAAAGAACAGAAAGAUAAAAUUGCUACUUAUGUGCAGUGGAUGGGUGGUGUCUUUGAAAAUAAUAUGCAGACCAAAACAACACACCUUAUAUCAAAUAAUGUUACCAGUGUAAAAUAUUGUAAAGCAGCUGGGCUGAUUCAUAUUGUACGACAUGAUUGGAUUGAAGCUAUUUGGAAAGAAAGUUUAAAGGAUGAAGUAAUGGGUGCAUGCCCAGAAUUUAUAGAACAAAGUGUGACAACAUACAGACUUCCUCCAUUUUAUGGUUUGACUAUCACAUCGGCUAGUUUGUCAGGAGAAGAUAAAAAUAAUGUUAAAAAAUUAAUAGAAGAUAAUGGUGGUACUUACAGUGGAAAGUUUCAAACGGAUACAACAGACGUACUGGUGAUUAAUAAAAAUGGUAUUGAUAGCGCAAAAUACAAUGCAGCUCGAACAUCUAAAAAGGAAAUUGUAAAUCCAGAUUGGGUUAAAGAUAGUGUGGCUUUUGGUUAUGCGGUUGCAAUGGAUAAAUACAGAAUUGAAGUAUCAAACGCGAGCACACCUACUAAAGAAAAUGCUCCUGAUUUGACUAGUAAUUUUUCUAUGAUGAGUGCCAUUGUAAUGGAUAAGCAGAAAAUUAAUUCAACAGUAAAUGAAACAGUGAAUAUUACAAUACAAGAAAAAAUGCAAGAUAUAACUUUGGAAAAAUCUUGUGCUAUUAGCACACUUCGAAGUGAAAUUAAACCCUUAUUUAAUAUGAAAGAUGUCAGAAAUGCUGGAUUAUUUUUGGAUGGUUGUGGCAUUUAUGCAGCGGGCUUUUCUACAGAAGAUAGAGAAUUUUUGUAUAAAAUUUUUAACUCGGGUGGUGCAACGAGAUAUGAUGAACCAUGUGAAAAAGUAUUUUGA